AUGGAAUUCGAGACUGAACCUUCGCCACAGGGUGCCAGCUAUUAUUUCACCACAGCAGAUGUUCGACCAGUUACACCAUCAUCUGAUGGGGAAGAGCCAUCCACUGCAAGUGAGCCGAUCUCUGAGGAUACUGCCUUCCCGCAGAAGCACUCACGCAAUCAGACUUCGACUGUCGCCGAUCAGAAAGCAUGGGACGUCUUUCGACUACUGCCACCGAAACCCGACAAGAUUGGUUACGGCUUUUGGCACGAAGCCAGUCUCCAGGUUCUAAAACUAUGUACAUUUGUAGUGUUAUUCAUAUUGACUCUCGGCUCUGCCGUUGUCGCCAAGAGUUCAUUUCUUCUCAUGACAUCGGCGAUUGGCUGGGGUGGCAUGAAUAUGACCAUUUGCCGAGAUAAAAUACCAGGUAUGCCCUUCUAUUGGCUACGGUAUUUCCCACAACAGGCGUUUGCUGUUUCAGAAUCGCCCCUGAACACCGUGUUUAUCACAAACCGGCUGGUAGUCAAGUGGGUUUGGGCGACGUUCAUUCGCCCUUUCCGCUCCCGAGGCAUUCUGCUUCAUUCGGUCGCUUCAUCGAACGCUGUUCAAAAAUGUAAAACGGCCAACUUUGAUCCAGUGUUUUUCGUUGAGACGCUUCAUGCGAUUGGUGUGGGAAUCCUCGUAUUCCGCAUUUUCCCCGAUCUUGAUGCUGUCACAGGUGAGGAACCCCUUUCUACCUCCCAGUACCCCUGUAACAGCGGACUGUGCUUCAUACCGGCGAUUCUUUCGUUACUAAGUCGUCGCCCCAGUAAAAUCGCUCUCGUUCUUGUGAUUAUCGACAUCGUUGCCAUCGCAGCUCAAAGUUCCGGAUUCUGGGCCUUUCCGAUGUUCAUUCCGAGUCUCGAGAAGCACUCUGUGGCCAUUCCGUGGUGCUUGGCCUUUAUCUCGUUGGCCUGGUGGCAGAAUUUUGUCCACAACGACUCUGUUUUUCCACCUAUUCGAGCUAUGGCCAGAUUUGCAUCACGACUGUCCGAAAGGCGAUCGAAGACCUAUGCAGUAGUGUCUCUGUGGAAGAUCUGCAUCUAUCUUCUUUGCAUGAUCACUUUCAUGUCGUCACGAAUGCAUCUCAACGACCUGCUACAAAGAGAUCCAUUUGGCGAGAAACUGAUCACUAUUACCGGUCACAAUCUUAAUCAAACCCAAAUCGAUAAGUUCGUUGCCAGAAUGAGCAAAUACGGAGGGGACGAUUAUGAAGACGUACCUCCUGCCCCAACAACAAGGAAACCAGUGAUCAUAUCUGAGUUGGCACAAGAAGUCGACACAGGAGAUUAUCGUGGUGCACGGCUCAGGCGGCAGUCAGAUUAUGAUGAUGAGGAGGAUUUGCCAUCAGCAUAUAAUGUAAGUUUUCAGGCCAGCUCAUUCGCCCAUUUUUCACCGUUGUCUUGGAUUUGUCAGCAGUUUGAGGCCUCAGCAGAUUUCAUGCUGUAUGCUGCUCUAAACAUUUCACAAAUUUUUUAA